AUGUUUUCCUGUGCUCCUCGGUAUAACACACCGCUACGACUAAUUCAUCGAGUGUUCCGAAGUUUCAGCAAUUACGAAGAGAUUGACCUAAGCAAAUCUUGUACCGUAGUUUGUAAGAGUGGUACAAUUGCUUGCUGGCAUCCGGAGAGAUCGUUUCCAUACGAACAUUCCAAGCCCAUUGAUUUAAAAAAAAUAGAAGCAGAGAAACAGAGUUCGGGUGCGCUGAGUAAGGAGAUCGAGCGCAUUGCUGGUUUGAAGGGUUCAUUAGCACGUAAAGGUCCUCGUAAUUAUAUGCUUCGCGAAAUAUUUUAUACUGGCAAGCACGAGUGGUAUACAAGAUACCGUGAGGAAAGACUGCAUUCUGUAGCGCCACCUGAUCCGAAAAGGCGGAAGUGA